AUGGGAGUCUCCCUGAGGGAAAUUACAGUCUACGAUUUACCAGAUAAGAUAUGCCUCAUCGCCCUUAACCCGCAGUACCACCUCCAAUCACAACAGGCAGCUUCUGCGUCAAGUGGCAACGGUACUGACUGCGGAAGCCUUAGAGGUCACUGCUGCAGCUGCACAUGCUUCGGCCGUCUGCUGACACUCAGGAAGGCUGUGCUGAGUCCAGCAGCAGUGGUAGACGCCACCAGUAAGAGCAAGAGCAGCAACGUCGACGACACCUACAAAAACGACAGCAUCACUGACAAGCCCCAUGGCAACAAUCGUGGCAACAGCAGCAGCCUCGACAGCGGCUUCAUCCGCUGCGAACAGCACUGCCUUUCUACUGCAGGAGCGUUCCACUCAACGAGAGACAUGCUGCGGCAGCAGGAACGCAUGUACGUACUACAGCUGCAGCAGCAGAGCCACAACGCAGACUUCCUUCAGCUGAGGCUGCGACCACACAACCAGCAGCAGCAGCAGCAGCAGCAGCAUCAAGGCGCUGAAUCUGAUGUCUCGGGCAGCAAAAGAAGUAACGACGACGCAAGCCUCAUUCUGACAGACUGCCAUACUCUCCAAAGCAGUAUCGAGAACGGCAAUUGCAAGGCCACUGGGGGGAUCUGUGGUUUGAAUGCGUGCUGCUGUUUUGCUGCCUUUCGCAUUUUCGGUAUUCUAGGCGCGAUUCGACUCCUCUGCGGCUAUUAUCUUUGCGUCGUUACACACAGAACCACAGCUGGUGCCCUCCCCGACAUAGCUGCAGCAGCAGCGGAAGAGGGGUUAGACCCUCUACCCGUCUUUGCCCUCGAGGGUGUGAGGCUUAUACCCCUGUUUACUUGGCAGUGGGGGGACGCUGUGCAGCUUCACCACGCUGCGGCAGCCGAAACUGCUGCCGCUACUGCUCUUGAGCUGCAGCAGCAAGUCUUCUACAGUGGGAACCACUCGGGAUGCCCUCGAGUAGGAGUGUGUUGCAGAACUGCGGGCGUUGAUUUUGGAGAGGUUCAGCUUCGAGAAGCCUCAGGACAGGAUGGCACUACUAAGGGCUCAGCCUCUCCCCCUGAGUUGUUUGAGCUGCAGCAGCAGCAGCAGCACUUCAGUGGGCUGCAGCCGCAGCAAAUAGCCGACUUUAGGCGGAUUCUGGAAAGGGAAGCAAAGCUUUGCUACCUGCUGCUCUCUGGUUUCAGCACGUCCACACACUCCCUUCUCUUCUCUGAACACAUCGACCUCACGCUUUCGCUGCAGCAGCAGCUGCAGCUGCAACAGAUCCAGAAGCACCAGGACCAUCCGGUAAGAUCUUGCAUCACAUGCGGCAGCAGCAGCAGCUCGAAGGCACUCCCACGAGGCUCUGCAGGGCACUUCGUUUUCAACAAAUUUCUGCUGCAGCAGCUACACCAAAAGGCGAGUUCUGCUGCAGGACCAUCUCCCUCAUGUGCUCCAUGCGAUGGCUGCUUUUCUGCGUGGCAGACCAUAAUAGUCCAAGGAGGACUAAAGCAGCAGACGAUUGCUAUCGCCCCUCAGCAGCAGCUGGAACGGCAACAAGAAGAACAACAAGGGAUUCAAUUCUUCCAGAUAUCCGUUCUGGCGCGGCGUUCGCAGUUUGCUGCUGGCACUCGAUUUUACAGCAGGGGACUGGAGCGGCCUCCUAUCUGCGCAGACGCUUUUUCUGACUGCAUUUCCACUACCAGCAGCAGCUUCUGCAGCAAGCCUUUGGGUGUUGCGAACGAAGUUGAAUGUGAGCAAAUGAUCUGGAGAGUGCUGCCGCCUCAGCUAAAGGCGCCAACAGCAGCUAGAGCCUCAACACAGGCAGGUGAAGGGGCAGCAGCUGUAGCAGCAGCACCUGUGCAGACAUGCGUUACUGAGUCUCCGCCUCGUGAUCUGUCAGCAGCGGCAGCGAGAGCAGUGGAUGCGGCAGCAGCAGCUGCAUCUCGUCCUGCUGAGUCUUAUUGGCGUUUUGCGUCCACCUGCGCGUCUGUCGUUUUCGUGCGUGGCUCUAUUCCGCUCUAUUGGCGUCAUGAGAAUGUCUCAAGCGCCUUGCUAUCAUUUUGGAUGCCUUCCUCUACCACGUGUAUAGAUUUGUCGGCACCCGAGGUACACAGCUACUUGAAACAGCACUUCCACUGGCUGCUGCAGCGCUAUGAGCAACCUCUAUUGCUGGUAGAUCUCGUCCGGCAAAGCCACCCUGUAGAAGGGAGGCUAAGCACGGCAUUCCGGGAGGCCCUGGGCCUCUGCGUUGAUGAAUUCGCCGUCCAUUUACACCUGAGUAAGGAGAGCAGCAACUGCAACGGCAACAGCAGUUUCGCUCCCGAAGGGAGCACUCCAGGAUGCACAUCCAGUGGCUCCUCCACAAUUGCUGACGAGGGGGUUGCUGCGGACGGAGGCAAGGCCGCACACCAGGAGCAGCAGCGGCCAUUGCCACAUGUCAAGUACUACAAUUUGGAUUGGCACGCCCGUAGCGAAUCCGUGGGAUUUGAUGCGGUGUUUGCUGAGCUCGGACUCCUCAGCUCCCGGCUGUUGGAGCAAACAGGUUUUUUCCUUUUCCAGCAUUCGCAGCAGCUGCUGCCACAGCGGCAGCAGAAGGGUAUUGUGCGUUUCAACUGUAUUGACUGCCUGGAUCGGACGAAUAUUGCGCAUGCCUGCGUCGGCAUUGUUGCCCUGUAUGUACACCUGAGGGCACUGGGAAUCGUAAGGUCAGAGAUGCCCUGCCCUCACCACUGCUUCGUGGCAGGUGCACAUGAGGAUGCCUUGAAGGCCACUGCGGAUGGCUUGUUGGUACAACAAGACCAACACGCGAGACGCGUUUACGCAGAGAAGCUGCUGAUAGAUCAGAGCGGCUUGCAGCCAAAGGAGCAGCGACUGCAGCAGCAACAACAGGGCGGGGCCUGUCUUUCAGUAGUUGAAGUGGCAGCAACAUCAGCAUACGAGGAACUGGGUAGAUUUGGGGAGUCGACCGUAGCUUUCCCCCCCUUUUCUCGGAUGGCGGUUGAUAAGACAGCAGGACCUUGUGCUUCCUCUGGUCCUACAACUGGACAAGCAGCUGCGGCUUGGCGUGUGCCUCCUGAUGAACUGUUGCCUUCAUCUGGUUACUAUCACCUUUCAGGCACUACCGAAGCUGAUCUAAGCCCCCCUGCAGCUCUUGCGUCGCAGCUAGGGUUCAGAAAUGAGUCGGGGCUUGUGGCUGUUCUAGGAGAUCUUUGGCGAGGCAUAGGCGACCACAUCUCCAUUCAGUACGCAGGGUCGCCUGCACUGCAUGCAGCGGAAUUUCUUCUGGAUCGUGCCACUGUUGCCACUCCACGCGGUCUUCAGCAGCAGCAGCCCGAGCGGCGGUUGUUGCCAGAGAAGACAACGCGCGGCAACGCAGCAUCAGCAGCGGCCUCAGAGUGGGAAAAGGUGAUAACAGGCAUGCGGUAUCGGCCGUGGACUGCACACUCCAGGGCGAACGCUUUCUAUGCUCUGCAGAGAUAUGUGAGCAACAAGGUCUUCGAUACUGAAAGGCAAAGGGCUAUCUUCUUACUAACCGGAGCGUUUAGGCCCUCUCUAAACGGUCCUGACAUAUUUUCACUAGAUUGUUCUCAGCAGCAGCUUCCUUCACACUUGCGAUCAGCAACAUCUUCAGUGCCCACAGGAGACGGAACCAACAUGGCAGGAAAUGCUACGAAGUGUGCAAAACAAUCUGAUUUUGCAAUAACGCCCACCACUGGCGCGAGUUACUCGACAACAGCCUCAGAAGAGCCAAUUUUAAUACAGGCGAGAACUGCUGCUACUGUGCAUGCCAGUCUCUUCUGCUUGCCAGAAGGCUUCAAUCUAGAAUCUAGUGUGCAGCAAAGAGCAGCCAGCAUGGCUGGUGUAAGUGCAGCUUUGGCAUCACUGAACUCCGCCACCUAUGACACGCACCUUGGGCUAUUUGGUCAGUAUGGAGUCUCUCCUGCGUCUUGUUAA